AUGUAUGAUUAUCUGUUUGCCCCACCGGGGUCUUAUGAAUAUAAUGAUUAUGAUUUUGACUACGUUCUAACUAUCUCUAGUGAUAACUUAGCUGACUUUGACCAAUCUAACUCUGAUCUUGAUUCUCAAACUAAUCCUCAAAUGGUACUUAAGCCCAAUGAACAUGACAAUGAGAAUGAAGAAGAUAUCGACAACACCAGUUAUGAUAAAUCUGGGAGUGAGGAACCAAUCAUCGAGCAUCAUGAUACACCACUUACCAUUAACUUGGAUCUCUCUGAUGUAGAGGAAACACCGAACUCCCAGAAGGAUGCGUCUCAAGAUAGAGAAACAAGUCAUUGCCGAGGUAAAGAAGCCAACAUUGUGCUUGAAGAUCAAUACCCCAUGUGGUUAGCCAACAUUGUAACAGUUAAGAAAAAGAAUGGACAAAUCAGAGUUUUUGUCAAUUUCAAGGAUUUAAAUAAAGCGUGUCCAAAAGAUGAGUUUGCACAACUGAUACCAGAAUUGACAGUGGACAUUGCUUCGACACAGAUAUUCUCCUUCAUGGAUGGAUCGUCAGGAUAUAAUCAGAUCAAAAUGGCUCCAGAAGAUGCAACACUUACAGCUUUCAAGACGCUGAUUGAGAUUUUCUACUACAUAGUAAUGUCAUUCGGGUUGAAGAAUGUCAAAGAAACAUAUCAAUGA